AUGUGUGUUACAAUUUUACAGUUUAAGUUUGACAAAUCGUCUAAGAAUCUUCUCUAUCUUUAUGUUUUACUUGCCAACACGUUAAUAUCACGCUGUUGUUCUGCUGUUCCAUCUACAGAUGACGAAUUUCGCAGCAUCGUAUUUAAGGAAUCAGUAACAAACACGGCAAUGAGAAAUCACGUGAUCAGGAGCACUGAGGUGACUAAUGAAGGGAGCUGCAGAGUGAUGUGUUAUAUGGAGCCUAAUUGUGUGUCCAUCAAUGUGGGUCAUUUGGAAGGAGGAAAACUCAUAUGCGAGUUGAACAACGCCACGGAUGAAGACCAAUUUGUCAAAUUUCUUGAGAACAAACCAAGUUUCACCUAUUCAGCCAUAAUCGAGAAUCCAUGCAGCAACAACCCAUGUGCAAACAGUGGCACCUGUCAGGCUGGAUUCACCAGUAAAGGUUUUCGUUGUCUCUGUCGACCUAGAUUCACCGGGGAAAACUGCCAAUUUAAAGUCAAACGAAAUUGUGCUGAAAUCUACAAAUCUGGUCAAACAACUGAUGGUGUGUACACCAUUAAACCUGAUAAUAUGUCUAUCUUUGAGGUAUUCUGUGACCAAACAACAGCUGGUGGAGGAUGGACAGUGUUCCAGAAGAGACUGGACGGCUCGGUUGAUUUUUACCGUCACUGGAACGACUACAAGCACGGCUUUGGUGACCUAAGUGGGGAGUUUUGGCUCGGACUGGACAAGAUUCACCUCCUGACCUCAUACAGUCACAACAUGCUGCGUGUGGACUUAGGAGACUUUGGUGGGAACACUGCUUUCGCUGAAUAUAACAGCGUUGUUGUUAUGAGUGAGGAAGACAAGUACAAGCUGAUCAUUGGUCCUUACUCAGGAACUGCUGGUGAUUCUCUCGCUUAUCAUCGUGACCUGCCAUGGAGCACUCACGAUCAAGAUAAUGAUGAAUUCGCGGAAAAUUGCGCCAAGACGAAUCACGGAGCCUGGUGGUAUCGCAGUUGCUAUGCCUCCAACCUAAAUGGCCUCUAUUAUCGAGAACAGCACUCUUCCGAAGACGGAGUGGUCUGGUAUCACUGGAGGGGAAAUUUAGUGUCCCUGAAAAGAACAGAGAUGAAAAUAAGGCCAACGGAUUUCUGAAUUUCAAGUCUGAAUUUGCAGGUUAUACAACUUCAGGGUAUACCACGUCUACUGAGCAGAUUUCAGUUUUUCUCGUUUGAUUGUUUGUUUGUCGGUUUCGCUUGUUAAGCUUAAGAUUGUCACGCACAUGCGCAUCAAUAGUUUUAAAGAUUUGUAGCACUCGAGUAGGUUUCUACAGUGGAUAAUUUCUUCUCUAGGUCAUUUCAGAUCCGAUUUAAAAAUCCUAAAGUACGUGAGAUGGAUAAGGAUUUUAAUUGAGCUAUUUUCGAAAUUAAAACAGAUCGUACCAUCGGAAAGAUUAUUCAAUCAUCAGCAGUGAGGGAUUUUUUUUACUUAAACUCUCUAAUG